AUGUCAGGCUUUCCCGAGCACCCUGUGCAGGAGCCAGGGCUGUGUGACAUCCUGGAGGGGGUGGUGUUGCAGCAAUGGGCUGAGAAAACCGAGGUACUCAGUGAAGACCUGUUGCAGAUCGAGAGGCGUCUGGACACUGUGAGGUCCGUUUGCCACAUCGCACAGAAGCGAUUAACUGCCUGUUUUCAGGGCCAGUAUGGAACAGAUCCUGAGAAGAGACAUAAAAAACUUCCUCUAACAGCUCUUGCUCAAAAUAUGCAAGAAGGAUCUGUCCAGCUGAGUGAUGAAACUCUGCUGGGGAGAAUGCUGGACACAUGUGGUGAUGCAGAGAAUAAACUGGCCCUGGAGCUCUCUCAGCAUGAAGUGCAGAUAGAAAGAGAAGUUUUGGAUCCCCUGGCUCUGCUAACAGAGACAGAGAUCCCAAACAUUCAGAAGCAGAGGAAGCAGCUGGCAAAGCUGGUGUUGGACUGGGAUUCUGCAAGAGGAAGGUAUAACCAAGCCCACAAGACUUCAGGAACAAAUUUUCAAGUGCAUCCUUCAAAAAUAGAGUCUCUUAAGGAAGAGAUGGAUGAAGCUGGAAAUAAAGUAGAACAAUGCAAGGAUCAGCUGGCAGCAGACAUGUACAGCUUUGUGUCCAGAGAAGGGGAGUACGCCAAGUACUUUGUCACGUUAUUAGAAGCACAAGCAGAUUACCAUAGAAAAGCAUUAGCAGUCAUAGAAAAGGUCCUACCCGAAAUUCAAGCCCAUCAAGACAAAUGGACUGAGAAACCAGCUUUUGGAACUCCAUUAGAAGAGCAUCUCAAGCGCAGCGGCCGUGAGAUUGCAGUGCCCAUUGAAGCCUGUGUGAUGAUGCUCUUGGAAACGGGAAUGAGGGAGGAGGGCUUGUUCAGAAUUGCUGCUGGAGCCUCCAAGUUAAAAAAACUGAAAGCUGCCUUGGACUGUUCAACUUCCCAGCUUGAUGAAUUCUAUUCAGAUCCCCAUGCUGUUGCAGGUGCCUUGAAAUCCUAUUUGCGAGAGCUGCCAGAACCUUUAAUGACCUACAGUCUAUAUGAGGAAUGGACACAAGCUGCAAAUAUUCAGGACCAGGAUAAGAAGCUACAAGAGUUAUGGAGAAUUUGUAACAGAUUACCUAAGCAUUAUCAUGCUAACUUCAGGUAUUUAAUCAAGUUUUUAGCAAAGCUUGCACAGCACAGCGACGUUAACAAAAUGACUCCCAGCAACGUUGCCAUAGUCUUGGGCCCCAACUUGUUGUGGGCAAAGAACGAAGGAUCCCUGGCUGAAAUGGCAGCAGCAACUUCAGUCCACGUGGUAGCAGUUAUUGAGCCAAUUAUUCAGCAUGCAGACUGGUUCUUCCCUGGAGAUCAAGAUUUCAAUGUUUCAUCUGGGACACUGGAACGGAAGAGGCCUGUCAGCAUGACAGUCAUGGAAGGGGAUUUACUGAAGAAGGACAGCUUUGGUGUGAAGGUUCUGGACUUCCAGGCGAACCCGCGGCGAUGUGGCACUAUAACUAGAAAGCACACAUCCCCGGCCUUCCAGCCGCCCCUGCCCCCCGGCGAGGCGGGCGCGGGGGCCCAGGCGGGAGCGGAGCCCCAUUCCCAGCCCGCUGUGCCUGAAACCAGCCCGGUGGGUGCUGGGUUUGCUCUCUCUGCUGGCACAGCAGAACAGUUGCAAAGUCAAGGAAAUGAGGAUGUCAGUACCUCAAAAUCUAAGGACAGCACAUCUUCAGCUACUCCUCCUCCCGUGCGGAACGGCGGGCACACAGGCACUGUCCAGAGCCAGCCAGUGAGCAGCACUAAUCAGCUUUCUGUUAAUCAGCCACAGAAUGCAGCAGGUCCCAGUCCCCAUGCCAUGAGGAGAGCUGUUAAGAAGCCUGCACCAGCCCCCCCCAAGCCAACCAACCCACCCCCAGGGCAGCCAGGAAGCCAAAGUUCUGCCCCAGCUGCUCAGCCACCUUCUGUCUCUCCAAAACCACCUGCUAGAAGUUCUUCUCCUCCUGCUCAACAUGCAAACCAAGGAGCAGCCCAGACCUCCACUUCCCAGGUUUCUGCACCUCGGAGAUAUUCCAGCAGCCUUUCCCCAAUACAGGCUCCCAGCCACCCACCCCCACAGCCCCCAACACAGGCAACUCCUCCACUGCAACCCAAAUCAAACAGUCAAGCAUCUCCUCCUGCUGCAGCCAGCAGUGAGCAUGGACCAGAGCAGCCUUGUUACACUCCUCCGCAGACUCCAACACCACCCGACACCCCCCCCCUAGGAAAACACAGCAUCAGUUCCCCUUCGUCACAGCCACCUGCUCCAGAAGCCCCCCAGUCCCACUCUCCCCCUCAGAGUGGAACGGGGACACUGCCGAGGCCACGGCCGGUACCAAAGCCCCGAAACAGACCCAGUGUUCCCCCUCCUCCUCACCCUCCUGCUCAGCUGGCUGGAGAUGCCAUCCUUGCAAAUCCCACGCAAACAGCUUCCAAAAUAGUAACAGACUCCAAUUCCAGUAUUCAAGAACCACUUCAAACCCCUUCUUCAGAGCCUCUCCCAGAGCCAGCCAGCAGAGAACUGCACAACCACCUCCUGCUUGACAUUGACAAUGACACAGAAAGCACUGCUCUGUAG